AAGCCAAGGAACAUGUGGAGCCACCAGAAGCUGGAAGAGGCCUGGAAGGAUCCUCCUCUAAAUCCUUUAUUAGGAUUGUGGACUUAUUGAUGCCUUUAUUUUUUACUUUUCAUCUCAAGAACAGUGAGAGAAUGAAUUUCUCUUGUUGUAAGGCACUAAUUAGCAAAACAGCACAUCCCCCUUUCCAGUUAUACUGCACUGACUCCUUCUGAGACAUAAGACAUAUAAUACCUUCCUCCAAAGCUUAUUGCCAUGAUUAAAUGAGAUACAUUUGUAAAGUACUUAGCACAUAGUAAAUGUUCAGAAGUAGUGAUGGUGGUUGUUCUUUAAGGACUGGAAAUUUUCUUCCUUUUGCAAAUAAGCACUCAACAGUAGAGUGGAAAUUUCUGUCUCGUGAUCGCCUGGUGAGUCAAAGUUCAUCCCAUGAUUUUAACCUAAGAGUUCAACUUCUGCUUUGGCCCUGGAACUCCCAGGCCCUUGUGCCUUUAACAGACCUUAGUUAGGAUAUUACAGCAAGGGAGAGUUUAGUGUUCUACUGUGGCUUGGGGAAGAAGUUAAAGUAGAAUUCAGAGACCAAAUUUAAAAUUACACACAUGGAGCAGAAAGCCAUCUCUCAGUCUCUGCCAUAAAGAAAGUCUUUGGGUUCUAAAUUUCUAGUUCCCAUUAAGGGACUCUGGAACUGGACAUUCUUGAAAAUUAAAGACCUGUAGUGAGUGAUCCUACACACCAAUCAUCAAAAACUUCCCCAUAAUGAGGUCAGGCUUUCUGUAUUUGUCUAAAUGCCAGAAGUGGGUGUGGGUAGGGGUCCCAGACAGAGUGCAGCCUGAUGAUGUCUUCCUCCCCAGGAUGGCUGGCACGGUGCUAGGAGUGGGUGCUGGCGUGUUCAUCUUAGCCCUGCUCUGGGUGUUGGUGCUGCUGCUGUGUGUGCUGUUAUCCAGAGCCUCCGGGAUAGCUAGGUUCUCUGUCAUUUUUGUAUUCCUUGGUGCUGUGAUCAUCACGUCUGUUCUAUUACUUUUUCCCCGAGCCAGUGAAUUUCCAGCCCCAGAGGUCGAAACGAAGAUUGUGGAUGCCUUUUUCAUUGGGCGCUAUGUCCUGCUGGCUUUCCUCAGCGCUGUCUUCCUUGGAGGUCUCUUCUUGGUUCUAACUCAUCAUAUCCUGGAACCAAUCUAUGCCAAACCACUGCGGUCCUAUUGAGCAUUGUUGGGGAAAACCAAGACCCUGUUCUCCUCUGCUCCAUUUUUAUGACAUUGAUGAGCAACAGGGACUUCAGAGCCUUAUUUUGACAGUCUUCCUAUUUGAAGGCAGAGGAAUAUACAUUCAUCACUAAGACAAAUCUCUUGAGCUCUGGCUCCCAGAAACAGGGUUGCAAAAUUGUCCCCAUGGGCAUCAAUUCUCACCGUUUUAGGAGGGCUGCUACUGUCUUCUUAGUACCUGCACUUAGGAAUUUCAUCUGUUUUGAAAGGGAAAUAGUAAUAAUAAUCUUAGAGUAGAUUUUCAGUCAUGCUAUUUAUAAGUGGACUUGGGGGGAAGGAUGAGCCCUUUUUGAUAAUAUGUGAAAUUCUUAGUUAUAAAUUAUUAUCAUAGCUGGGUGUGGGGACACAUGUAAUCCCAGCUACUCAAGAUGCUGAAGCAGGAGAAUUGCAAGCUUGAGGCCCACCUGAGCAACUUAGU